AUGAAUUCCAUUGGACAAGGGUUAGCGAUAUCCUCGAACUUUUCGAGAUUUAAGCGAGGUGAUCUGGUGAUCAAACAGGAAUUGAACCGGUUGCUGGAACUUGACCAGCAGCAUCACUCGAGCCGCCCCCUCCUCACCAGCGAUGGGCGCAUCCGACUUCGCAACCCUUCGACAGGAACCACCGAAGUCGGGAUCCAAUGGUCAGAACUGCUGGAAAGAGCACCGCAGUACUUUUCGCUGCGAUAUGAUCGUAUCAGGGCCCGCGAGGAAUAUGGAAAGGAGGUCAGUGAGCAAGAGUCCCUCGAGACCGUCCAGCUGAGUGCUGAUGCCGACCACUCCAUUGAGGUGAUGAGGGCAUGGUUGCAAAAAGAGGAAUGUGGAGGCCUCACAGUAGCUCAGUCAGGCGCAUUGCUGGCUUUGGCAGUGUUUAGAAGUGGCACCCCUGUUGGAAAGCUGUUGAGCCGGAACGUGCUGCCUGGGUCAGACGACGGCGGUAAAGGGACAAGGCAGCGGAGCCUGGUGCCCUUGCCGCUUUUGCCGGACUCAAGAGAAGCCUUGAAGGAGCUUUUCAACAGCGGGGAGUUCAGGCGCCUGGCUGGGACUUGGGGGACCAAGAAAUGGAGCAAGGAGAAGGCAGCCCGAAUGAGCAGAAAAACGGGUCUGCUUAUUUGGCAUGGGCUGGUUGUGACCCUCAUCAAUCAUCUGUGGUCAGGAGGAGGUGAAAAGGUCCGGGAGAAGGUGCAACGUUCUCCCCUGCUUGGUGAUUGGGGUAGCAAGCUGGCUGAUGUCAGGAUCUCUUAUCAUGGGGAGGUUGUUGAGAAGUCACAGCACUUGACGCUGGACCAGAUAAGGCCAGGCCUCCCCCCGGCUGGCUAUGGAGCUAGCGUGCCUUUGGCGGAACUAUGCGACGGAGAGCUCAAGGAAAAGCUGAUGAACCCUGGGUCAAAUGUGCUGAAAGACGAGGAUCUGCCGGCUGACGUACCUCGCCCGAAGGUACAAGCUUCCCGGGAACAAUGGAACAUGAUCGUGAAGGACCUCUAUGAAAGAGGUCUAGUGGAAGCAGUAGAGCAGCCGCUGCUUGUGAGGGGCCGACCCGUCCUGAACGGCUCUUUCGGGGUGAUUAAACCCGGCAAAUUCCUUGAAGACGAGAGGCCCGUGCUCCGCCUUAUAAUGGAUUUCAGAGGCACCAAUUCAGUGAGCAAGGUGCUGACUGGAGAUGUUCGUAGCUUGGCUGGUGCACCAGCUUUGCAGCACCUUGUACUCCUGGAGGGGCGAGUAUUGAGGAUGUCUGCUGAUGACCUUGUAUCAGCUUUUUAUUUGUUCGCCAUGCCUCCAGGGUGGAGCCAGAUGAUGGCUUUCAGCAUGAAGGUCCCGUGGACGGUGUUGGGCGUUGAGAAAGAGGGCGAUGUGUACGUCGGCGCAAAAGUUUUGCCGAUGGGAUGGUCGUCGGCUGUUGGCGUACUCCAGCACGCCCAUAGGCGCCUAGCCCUGCGGUCACCGUUGGCCGGGGCAGGCCUUUUGGGGCGCUGCGAAAUCAGGCGUGACGCCAUCUUCCCCGACCUGGAAGAAGCCCUCUGGUCACUGUACUUGGAUGACUCGAAUCUGAUUGAGGUGAUGACAAAGAAGGUGGCAAAAGAGCUUGAGGGGCGUCCAUCAGAGGAACAAGAGCACCUCAGGAGGGCAUACCGUCACUGGGGGAUUCCGGUGUCGCUGGACAAGGCCCUGAUUCGAGCAAACUCAGCAGAGAAGCUGGGGGCAGUCAUAGACGGAGAUGGAGGAGUUCUGAAGACCUCCACCCGACGGGUGUAUAACAACUAUGUAAUGCCCGCUGGGAACCCAUCAUGCUUCUAG